AAUUUCAGAAAAAAACAAUCUGAAAAAAAAAACACAGAAAUUCUACAAAAUUCUCUGUCCUGUUCCAAAAACAACCCACCUACCAAACUCUGUUAAACUUGACAGCAUCCUACAAUUUUUUUUGUUUCUUUUUUAUUUUUCUGGAAAAAAAAAAGAUGUCAUGAAAUAUGCUCAGAAUCUUUUCUGCUGAGCUACCCCAAUUAUAAUUUCACCUCAAUUUCUCUCUCCUGUUAUUUAGGCACUGUCUCUCUCUCUCUCUCUUUCUGCAAGUGCAAGUGCAAGUGAUCCAGGUCCGUUGCUUUUGGCAUCAGCAGAAUUACAAGUUGCAAAGUUGCAGCUGUAACACUUGCAUACUUGUAUUAUUAUAUAAUGUGCGUGCAAGACUUUGAGUCAACUGAUGAACAUUUGCACAAAACUGAUAACAAUAAUAAUCACAACAAUUUCUUGAAUACCCAGAUGGAUUUGGAGAAUUCUGCUGCUACUCCUAACUCUGUUUCUUCUCCUGCUCUAGAAAGCAUUAGUGAAGAAAGAACAGUCGUUUUAGAUGAAAGUCCGAAUCUGGCAAUGGAGUUCCUUCCUACCCUUCGAUCAGGAGAGUGGUCUGAUAUUGGAGGACGUGAAUACAUGGAAGAUACACAUGUUUGUAUAGCUGAUUUAGCCAAGAAUCUGGGCGGUGAAAUGGUUGAUGAAGAAUCUGUGUCUUUCUAUGGGGUAUUCGAUGGUCAUGGAGGAAAAGCUGCUGCACAAUUUGUCCGUGAACAUCUCCCUAGAGUCAUAGUUGAAGAUGCUGAUUUCCCUUUAGAGCUUGAGAAAGUGAUCACAAGGUCAUUCAUCAAGACUGAUACUGCAUUUGCCAAGUCAUGUCCUGUUGGGAAUUCCCUAUCUUCUGGAACUACUGCUAUCACUGCAAUGAUCUUUGGGAGAUCUUUACUUGUAGCAAAUGCUGGAGAUAGCCGAGCAGUUCUUUCUCGACGUGGAAUGGCUUUGGAGAUGUCUAAAGAUCACAGGGCCUGCUGUAGAAAUGAAUUGAUGAGGGUAGAAUCGCUGGGAGGAUAUUUUGAUGAAGAUGGGUAUCUUAACGGGCAAUUGGGUGUAACAAGGGCUCUUGGAAAUUGGCAUCUUGAGGGAAUGAAAGACAUUGAUAACAAGGGUGGACCUCUGAGUGCGGAGCCAGAACUUAAACUUGUGACAUUGACCAAGGAAGAUGAGUUUUUGAUCAUUGGAUGUGAUGGUAUAUGGGAUGUUUUCAGCAACCAAAACGCGGUGGAUUUUGUUCGAAAGCGGCUUCAAAGGCAUAAUGAUAUUAAGCUGUGCUGUAAGGAAGUAGUAGAGGAAGCGAUUAAGCGUGAGGCAAAGGAUAAUUUGACAGUUGUUAUUGUAAGCUUUCACUUGGAUCCACCUCCAGCAAUUGUGCCACAGAGAAUGAGGUUCAGAAGAAGCAUUUCUGCUGAGGGGCUUCAGAACAUUAGAAAUUUACUGGAAGGUUAGACAAACUAAUGUUACUUUAUAAGAAAUAGAAUGAUCAGUAAAUAUGGACUGAUUUAUUGAGCUGCUAUAUUAAGCUGCCCAGCCUGCUUCUAGCUCUAUUUGUAAUGUCUGUACAUUAACUAUUCUUGAACACGAGUUAGCUGAACAUACCUGAAUAGAAAUAUUCAAUAUGUUAGCUCAUAUUCAUUCCAUCUGAAUACAGUAGUCACAUUUUUAUGAAAUAAUA